AUGUAUCAAGGUCGAGCAUUGCAAAUGCAUUUAGCAAUAUGCACACAACAGAAGCUUAACGAGCUGGUUGCAAUGCAAGCACUCACCUUUCUCAUUCCCCACAAACCAAAAUCCUUGAUUGCACUCUCCCUUCGAUUAUCAACUACCACCGCUUCAUCUCUCUCUCAACACGGCAUCACCAGCAUCGUCCACUCUCUCUGCGAUUCCAACCGUUUCUCCGAAGCCCAUCAACGCUUCUCCCUCUUCCUCGCUUCUGGUGGCGUCCCCGACGAGCGAACCUGCAACGUGCUUCUCGCUCGCCUGCUGGGUUCUCGAACCCCACACAAAACAUGGGGUGUUGUUUGUUUCUUGAUCGGUGCCAAGCCUGGUUUCGUUCCCUCUUUGGUUAACUAUAACCGUUUGAUGGAUCAGUUUUGCGGGUUUUGUCGACCCGGUGAUGCUCACAGGUUGUUUUUUGACAUGAAAAAUCGUGGGCAUUGUCCGAAUGUUGUUUCCUACACCACUAUCAUUAAUGGGUAUUGCUUGGUUGGUGGAAUCAGAGAUGCACGGAAGGUGUUUGAUGAAAUGCUUGAGAGUGGCGUGGCGCCGAAUUCUAUGACAUACAGUGUUUUAAUUCGAGGCGUUCUUCGGGAGAGGGAUUUGGAAGGUGGGAGGGAACUGAUGUGCCAGUUAUGGGAGAGGAUGGAUGUGGAAACGGACCCUGCAGUUAAGACUGCGGCCUUUGCAAAUUUGGUUGAUUCUUUGUGUAGGGAAGGGUUUUUCAAUGAAGUGUUUAGGAUUGCAGAAGAGUUGCCAUGUGGGAGUAGUUUGUCUGAGGAGGUUGCUUAUGGCCAAAUGAUGGAUUCACUUUGCCAAGUUGGAAGGUAUCAUGGGGCAGCUAGGAUUGUUUAUGUAAUGAGGAAGAGAGGUUUUGUUCCGAGUGAUGUUUCAUAUAAUUAUAUCAUACAUGGGCUUAGCAAGGAUGGUGAUUGUAUGAGGGCUUAUCAGUUGUUAGAGGAAGGAGCUGAAUUUGGUUUCUUGCUAUCUGAGCAUACUUAUAAGGUAUUAGUGGAAGCUCUUUGCCAAGUGCUGGAUGUAGACAAGGCAAGGGAAGUUCUAAAACUCAUGUUACGUAAGGAAGGUGUUGACAAGACUAGGAUUUACAACAUCUACUUAAGAGCUCUGUGUCUUGUGAACAAUCCUACAGAACUUUUAAACGUACUUGUGUUUAUGCUUGAGAGCCAGUGUGAGGCUGAUGUGAUUACCCUCAACACGGUUAUCAAUGGUUUUUGCAAGAUGGGGAGGAUCGAUGAAGCUUUAAAAGUUUUGCAUGACAUGUUGAUGGGUAAAUUUUCUGCACCUGAUGUGGUGACCUUCACUACAGUAAUUUCUGGUCUAUUGGAUGCUGCAAAAGUCAGUGAAGCCCUUGAUAUAUUUCAUAGAGUGAUGCCUGAAAAUGGUUUAAGGCCUGGUGUUGUGACAUAUAAUGCUCUUCUACGAGGCUUAUUCAAACUAAAGAGACCGAAUGAUGCAUUAAGGGUUUUUAAUAGCAUGAUAACUGAUGACAUUACUGAAGAUAGUACCACUUAUACAGUGAUUAUAGAAGGUCUAUGUGAAUCUGACCAAAUAGAAGAGGCAAAGAGUUUUUGGCACAAUGUUAUAUGGCCUUCGGGGAUUCAUGACAAUUUUGUUUAUGCAACAAUUCUGAAAGGGCUCUGCCGCUCUGGCAAAUUUAGUGAAGCUUGUCAUUUCUUGUAUGAAUUGGUAGAUUCUGGGGUCUCUCCAAAUAUAUUUAGUUACAAUAUUCUGAUCAACUGUGCGUGCAAUCUAGGUUUGAAAAAUGAAGCUUACCAAAUUGUUAGAGAGAUGAAAAGGAAUGGACUGAGUCCUGAUUGUGUGACAUGGAGGAUUCUUGACAAGUUACACAGCAAAGUGAAGAAGCACUCCCAUACAGAAGAUCCAACCUUGUAUACCAUUUAUGAGGGACAGGACAUGCACAAUGAAGUAAGUCAGGGAAGAAGCAAAUGGAAUUCGGUUUGUACUGUAAAACUAUAGCAUAAAAUUGGUAUUUGUCUCAGUGAUCUACACUGUACAGCAUUAAUAAGGCUUUGAAGUUUGAACAAUAUCAAGGAGGAGCAUUAAACAAGGAUGACCAGUGGUAAACAUCUGGAUUUUACCAUAUAACAAUGCAUAUUUUGAUCAAAUGUGUAAUUUGAAACAAAGUGGAAAGAGAGUAUGCGAAUUUGAGAUAAGCAACGGAGAGAGCUGUGAUCCUGCUGGAACGAAAGCAACCACAACAGUUUUGUACAGAAUCAGCAGUACAUGUAUCAAAAGCUAGUUUUCUCACAAAAGCCCUAGGACAACCUCCAACAAUGAAGCUAUGAGAUGAAAUCUUCUAUACUGAGUUCAAUCCAUCAACAACUUGUAUUAAAUAGCCACAAUUUUGAUCCACCAACAACAGAAAAAAGGCCCAAGUUCAAGAGUAACAAUACAAAAAUAUCACAAGUAUCAUUGCUUACAACAAAUACUAAACAAAGCAAUCGAAAUUUUAGAAUUUUUUUUUUGG